CUAAACCAUAUGCACAAAGUGUUCUGAGAAACAGUGCAGGUUUUCCUGUUCUCUUUUUAGAGACGAUAAAAUAAAGGGACUGUGUAAUUUAGAAUUUGGAGACAAACGGAAGGAUUUAGGAAAUAACCUCGUCGCUUCGUGCUAUUAGUAUUGGUUUUGUUUUUUUAGGUAGCAUAACUUGCCUACUCAGUGGAUAUGCAUCGGUCCCAUCUGUAGCACUCUAUGGUGCCCUUAACUGCGCCUCGAGUUUAUGGACCCCCGCUCAAUAAUGACUAUGAGUUCAUUGUCGGACAGUCUGGUUGCUUCUGAUCCCUCCAAAUCGGCAUUUCUGGAGUUCGGACACGGCUAUCCCGGCCACCAGCAGCACUCCCCCGGCUUGUCCCACAACCACUAUCCAGUGCACGGCUUGCAUCCCGUCGGACCCUCGCAGCACGAUAGCCCCUUUUCUUCCAGUGCGUCAUCUUAUGGCCGCCCGCUAGCCUAUCCUUACCACAGCACCGUAAGCGCACACCACCCAAGUGCUUACCUGCCAUACCAGCACAGUAGCCACAACAACGGUCUGGGACACACGAGAAUAGAGGAAACAGAGCUUGAGAAGCCGACCACGGUGAUCGAGAAUGGAGAAAUUCGACUGAACGGAAAAGGGAAGAAGAUCCGAAAACCUCGGACCAUCUACUCAAGCUUACAACUGCAGGCGCUCAACCAGAGAUUCCAGCAAACCCAAUACCUUGCGCUACCUGAGCGAGCCGAUUUGGCGGCAAAAUUGGGACUAACUCAAACACAGGUUAAGAUAUGGUUCCAGAACAAACGCUCCAAGUACAAGAAGAUCAUGAAGCAUGGCACGGGCGGACCGGAGGGAGAGCAUCUGCACGCUGGGUCAUCCGGGUCUCCGUGUUCCCCGGGGAUGCCGCCACUUUGGGACGUUUCCAUGGCAAAUAAGGGGACGCCUGCGCACUCCGGUGGAUACAUGAACAAUUUCGGACACUGGUAUCCAAGCCAUCACCAGGAAUCUACGCCGAGAACUCAAAUGAUGUGAUAGGAUAUGGGACAAUGGAAUGGAAUUCUGUACGCUCUCCUCUUGUACAUGAACCGCGUAGCCUAUCCCUUUUAAACAUAGCUCCAAGCCCCAGCUAUCACAUUAGAGACUUUUCAGUUUUUGAAAUGGCCGUUUAAAGGUAUUUUGUUUGGAUUUCAUCCGAGGUUUUGCCUUACAAUUUAUUGGACAAAUGACUACAUGGAUUUUGCUUGGAGGCCUAUGUGGAUCUGUAUUUUCUAUGCAGUUCAGUUCCAAAUAAAUCCUCAGUGGUCAACUAUGCACUGCAAUAUUAUCUAUUUUUACGAAAUAAGUUUGAGCAUGAAAAUGCCUAAUCCCGUCCCCAUGAGUUACAAAGCAAUCUAAGUUAAAUUCAAACGUUUACAUUUCACCUGAUAAGUAAUAAUUAUAAACUCAUGCCUAACUGAAAUGAUGUCUUUGCAUCAAAUAUUUAAACCACACAUACACACACAUAUUAUAUAUAUAUCAAAUAUAUGUGUGUGUGUGAUUUAAAUAUUUGAUGCAAAUACAUAUAAUUUCGGUUAGGUAUGAGUUUAUAAUUAUUACUAUUCUUAAUAUUAUUAUUAUUAUUAUUAUUAGUAGUAGUAGUAGACUAUUAUUAUUAUUAUUAUUAAAGUUAAUAUCAAAAUAU